GCCCCCGAGGACCUCCUCGCGCGCAACAUGCUCGGGCUGGAGCCCGCGUCCGCGAGGGUACUCAGCUACCGCCGCGGGCCGCGGCAGACCGCGGGGGCAUGCGGGCUCGAGGUGUGCGCGUCUGGUGGCGCCUCCGGGGCGCCCUGGGGCGCCAGCGCGGCCGCGAGCGCGAGCCGGGCCGUGCCUCAGAGCGCGGUGAAGGUGCUCGACGCGCCCGGCAUCCUGGACGACUUCUACAGCCACCCGGUGGACUGGUCUGCCCGGAACGCGGUGGCCGUGGCCCUGUCCGAGAUGGUGUUCCUGUUCGACG